UUUUUGCCACGUUCCGAAGAAAAGAGCUUUCAAGUUUCAAUUUUGUCAUCUUUUAUAUUUUGAGACAAGGAACAUGAAGUUAACUGUUACAUCAGUCGUCGUGUUUGCCUCCGUGCUUACUGCCAAGCAUGUUACAGGUCAACAAGCUAGGACAUCCAUUGACUGUAUGGAUCCCGGAAUUGAAGGACAGAAGACCGAAUUAAAGUGUAGGAUAACUGGAACUGUAAGGUCAGGAAUAAUAUGGAUUGCACCACGUAAUAAAGAGGCAGUCAUAUGUAACUAUCUACAGACGAUAUGCGAAACGUCUGGUGAAUUCCGUGGCCACUACACCGGUGUGAUCGAUUCGCCCCAACAAAACACAUUGGUAAUAGAGUCGUUCGAUCCAAAAACUGACACUGGUGCAUGGUCCUGCAGUGAUGGAUCGAGUGGCCGACGGUCGUUAUGUGUCAAGAUCGAUCCAACAUUUUUCCCAGCGAUGAUGGGAACUAGUGGUACCUGUGUCCAUGCAGCAUCAACUUCUAUGGUUGUCUUCUGGAUCGUUGCCAUACUUGUCGCAACACUACAGACCACUACUUCCAUGUCCUUUACCUAACUCAGCUCUGAAGACUGGUCAUUGGAUAAUAUUAUCAAAAAGUGCAUAUCACUACUUAAUGUAUUUCAACUAACUCAGCUCAGAAGACGGUGUUGCUUGGAUAAUAUUAUAAAACAAACUGCAGAUCACUACUUAAUAUAUUUCAACUAACUCAGCUCUCAAGACAAUGUUCAUUGGAUAAUAUAAAAACUGAAGAUCACUAUAUCGUCAUGGUAUUUUUAAUUUACCUGAGAGAGAGGGGGGGGGGGGGGGGGGGGGGGGGGGUGGGGGGGUAGAGAGAGCGAGCUAGACGGAGAGUGAGAGGUAUGAGGGUGGGAUGAGGGGUUUUCUCUCUCUUGGAGAGUUUGCUUUGUUUUGUGUUAGAAUGGCAACAGAAAACACUUUUAUAUCAAAUGUCAGAGGUGGAAUAAUUUGUUACCACUGCAAGUCAAUGUUUUCUUUAUCUUCUUGUUUUUCCAUCAUUUAUUCGCUAAUCGUUAAAAGGUUAUUUUUAGAAUGUGGUCACGUCCUCUGAGUUUCUGCAUGAAAAGCCUGAUAUUGUACAGGCCGAUGUUUAUAUUUUAACCAGAACGCAUUACGUAUUCCU